AUUUUCUUGAUUAACUUCGUCCCACUACCACCACACCUCCACUUCAGCGCGUGCCCUUCAAGCCUCCCUCUCUGUCUCUUUUAUCAAGUCAGACUCGUACGGAGAGAGAUACAUGCCUGAGAAAGCGGGAUUCCUCACCAUCGCCGGCCGAAUCUAACAUGGACGACGACGCCUCCAAUGGCUUCCGCCGCCACCGCCACCAUAACAGCCGCCGUCGCAGUCGACAAAGCUCCGCGACCGUUGAUCACCGUCGAGCAGGUUUCGGCCCCGCGGACGAAGGAGAUGACUCCGGCGGGGAGGCGGAGGAGGGCAGCGCUGAGGUUUGGGAGACCUUCAACGACAGCUUUCGGCAGGUGCAGUCCGUGUUGGAUCGGAACCGCGUUUUGAUUCAGCAGGUUAACGAGAACCACCAGUCCAAGAUUCCUGAUAAUCUCGUCAAGAAUGUUGCCCUAAUUCAGGAGAUUAAUGGAAAUAUUUCCAAGGUUGUUUCGCUCUACUCCGAUCUCUCCACCAACUUCUCCGGCGUAUUUCAUCAGCCAAACGAGAACGAAAGCGGAGCGGUUGUCGCUAAGAAAGGUAGUGUCAAGGGGAAGAACACGGAAGCUUGAGUCGAUAAAAAAUUUCUAAGGUUGAAUUCAUCUUAUUUGUAAAUCAGUUUCUGUUGUUGUAGUGUGUUUAGGUUUCAAAUUACUGAAUAUCAAAACACUGCUUCUGUUUAUGUGGGUGUUGGAGUCUCACUGUUGGUGUUCGUCUCGGUGGAAAACUAUUAUGCUCAUGCUGUGUUUGUUGUCCGUUGUUGUUGUGUUAUAAGGAGGAUGACUGCGGGACGGCGGGACCGACCCCAUUAUCUUCCUCAUCGACUAAUAGACAAUUGAGGUAUUUAUGUUCUGUUUGUUUCUUUGUUA